AAUGAGGUUACAAACUUGGUCAACUUCACUUCAGCCUCUGACAGUCUCAAGGUCUGAAGUUGCUGCAGAACUGUAAGACUGCACCCCUUGGCUGUGUUUGGCAGGGUGCACAUCAGACGUGAAUUCAGGUCCUUUUCACCGGAUUACCUCAGACCUCUGGAAGGAUUCUUGUGUGGAAGUGUUGGCUGCUUCCAAGAGUGAGUUUUGCCUUGGAGGUAAAAUGCUGAGCGCCUUGUGCUGAAGUUGAUCCAACGAGAGCUACUCAUCCCAAUCUGCAGACCUAGUCCACCUGGAAACCUCUGCUAAGGCUCCUGUUGCCGGGCGGAGUUCGGGCAGAGUUGGUCGGAGGGACGUCAGUGCAUCGCCAUGCCCCCCGCCAUAGGGGGCCCUCAGGGCUACACUCCCCCAGAGGGGGGCUGGGGCUGGGCGGUGGUGGUGGGGGCUUUCAUCUCCAUCGGUUUCUCCUACGCCUUCCCCAAGUCCAUCACUGUCUUCUUCAAGGAGAUCGAGGUGAUCUUCGACGUGUCGAGCAGUCAGGUGUCCUGGAUAUCCUCCAUAAUGCUGGCCGUCAUGUACGCAGGAGGGCCCAUCAGCAGUAUCCUGGUGAACAAGUAUGGUAGCCGGCCCAUCAUGAUGCUGGGAGGCUGUUUGGCAGGCAGCGGCCUGAUCGCCGCCUCUUUCUGCAACUCUGUCGAAGGCCUUUACUUCUGUGUAGGAGUAGUGGGAGGUCUGGGUCUGGCAUUCAAUCUCAAUCCGGCCCUCACUAUGAUUGGCAAGUACUUCUACAAGAAGAGACCCAUAGCCAAUGGGAUCGCCAUGGCUGGGAGCCCGGUCUUCCUGUCCACGCUGGCCCCGCUGAACAGCUGGUUCUUUGACCACUUCGGCUGGAGAGGCAGCUUCCUCAUCCUGGGAGGCCUGCUCCUCAACUGCUGCGUGGCCGGUUCCCUCAUGAGACCCAUCGGGCCCAAGCCUCAGCCGGUCGUCAGCGACCCAGACGGCCCCAAGAAGACGUGCAUGGAGAAGGUGAACAGCGUCAUCGACCUGUCGCUCUUCAAGCACCGCGGCUUCCUCCUCUACCUCAUGGGGAACGUCAUCAUGUUCUUCGGACUCUUCACCCCGCUGGUGUUCCUCAGCAACUUCGCCAAGAGCAAGGACAUCCCCAAGGAGAAGGCUGCCUUCCUGCUCUCCGUCCUGGCCUUUGUGGACAUGGUCGCCCGACCCUCCAUGGGGCUUCUAGCCAACACCAAGUGGGUCCGGCCCAGGAUCCAGUACUUCUUCGCAGCCUCGGUGCUGUAUAACGGCGUGUGUCAUCUACUGGCCCCCAUCUCUGUUGACUACACCGGCUUCGUCAUCUACUCCCUGUUCUUUGGUUUUGCCUUUGGCUGGCUGAGCUCAGUGUUGUUCGAGACCUUGAUGGACCUAGUGGGAACCCAGCGUUUCUCCAGUGCGGUGGGCCUGGUCACUAUCGUGGAGUGCGGGCCUGUGUUGUUAGGGCCCCCUCUGCUGGGACGAUUCAAAGACAUCUACGAUGACUACAAGUACACAUACUGGAUCUGUGGGGUGAUUCUGGUCGUGUCCAGCAUCUUCCUGUUCGUGGGAAUGGGCAUCAACUACCGGCUGCUGGACAAGGAGAAGAAAGAGGAGGAGAGGAGAGCCAAGAUGGAGGACAGAGAAGACUUGUCUAACAAGAACAACACCGCCAAAGAGUUCGAAGCCUUUAUCGACGAGCCGGGAGCUGCCGAAGAAGCUGUCUAACAGUCAAUCGGCUUUCUUAAUGUGUAAAGAUGUGAACGUGUUAAUGUAUACGCCAAAGCACUGCUGUGGUGCUAGUCUUUAUGGACAGACUUCAGGAAGAAAAAGAGUAUGUGAUCGACUGCAUUUCUAGUUACCUCUCUUCAUGACUGUAUUAUUAACACUGAUGACAGAAGCAGAACUAACUGAGGCUUCGUUGUAGUUAGUGUGUGAGGAAAGACAGGGAACUAAUGAAUCAGUUGCAAUGUCAACAAUACUUCAAGCAUUAGCAAUAUAUGUGUUCCCAAAUUAUAACUGCUAAUGUUUUCUAUGAAAACAUUUUUAAAGGCUGUAGAAUUCACCUAUCCUUUGCAAUAUUGUUAAGAAAGGACAUGUAUCUGCAAGUCGAUUUAUUUACUCCUGAAACCCUCAUGAAUAAUUUGCAAUAUGACACAGUGACACAUUAAUAAGGAUUUUGUGUAGUAUUACUUUGACUGAAUAUAUAUUCUCCUCCAUUACAAACAUUUAAAUGUGAGGUGUCACUAAGACCUCUGCCAGAUAAUGUUUGGGUUAUUACUAUUUUUCUUAUUCAUUCCUGUCAUCAUUGAAGGUGUGUAUAUGCCGUGCUACGAGAAUAAAAUAGCCUACUCACGAGACGGGUUGGAUUUGACAAACCACUA